GAAAUGUGUGAAGUGCAGAUCAGCAUAGUGUGGAUAUGAAGUUAUUAUUGUAGUUAUUGCAUCUGGCAGGAGGUGAUCUGUUAUAGAGCCUCAUAGCCGCCGGCAGGUUCUCCUGUCUCUGUCCUUGUGGCAGCGUGAGGAGACGUCUGGAGAAAGUCCUCCUCUGUCCCUGUAGGAGGUGGUGGAGAGGGUGGUCCGGGUGGUCCGGGUGGUCCGGGUGGUCCAAUAUGGACAGCAGUUUCUUCAACGUCCUCCUCUCCACCACCUGUUCCAGGUGCUCCAGCUGGCAGCCGAUGAUGGAGCCAGCCUUCCUAACCAGUCUGUUAGACGGCUGGUGUCACCAGUGUUUAAUGAUCAUUAAGUGUGUUUAAUGAUCAUUAAGAGUGUUCAUUAAUAUUUAGUAAUAGGCCUGAUAGAGUUCUAAAAACUCUCAACAUGGUAACUGGACUUUCUGACCACAAUCUAACUCUGGUAGCCAGGAAACUAACCAGCAAGCGGUUUAGGCCUUUGGUCAGGGAGGAUGAAUCCUUUAGAAUUCCCAAAAGAAAUCUAGAUAUCUUUCAUCAUACUAUUCAACUUAUUGAUUGGGAUGAUCUACUGUUGGGAAUAGACAUCGAGGAAGACAGUAAAGCAUUUUCAGAUAAGUUGGAGAACACUAUGAAGGAUUUCAGUUGCAAAUUUAGGCACAAACAUAUCAAACACUCUGUUCCUUGGAUGAAUGAUGAUAUCUUAAAAAUAAUGAAAGAACGGGAUUCUGCCUUAAAAACUGCAAUUAAAAAUAAAUCGAGCCAUGACAGACAACAUUUUGCUAUGCUAAGGAACAGAGUGGUAAUGAAAUUAAGAAAGGCUAAGGCAGAUUUCUUCAUGACUGUUAUAGAAAAAGCGAGAGGUAAAACUAAAAUGGUCUGGGAUCAGUUACACAAGCUAAUGGGACAUCCCAACAAAGUAAGGAAGCUGCAAGAACUUAACAUUAAUGGUAAACUGUCAAAUAAUCCAGUUGAAAUAGCAAAAGCUUUCAAUCACUAUUUCAUUGAUUCUGUUGCUACCAUUGCUAAAUGUUUCUCCCCUGAGAUUAGACCUGUCUGUACAGUAAAUACAUUGGAGCCGACUUUCAUCAUAAGAAAUGUCACUCAUUCAGACGUCACAAGAAUAAUCAGUUUUCUUAAACCAUCCAAAACUAAAGAUACAUUUGGUAUGGAUGCCGUUAUGCUCAAAACUCUUUCCAAAACGCUAAUAAAUCCCAUCAGCAAUAUCAUCAACCUCUCAAUCUCUCAGAACAUGUUUCCCAGUGUUUGGAAGUCGGCUGCUGUUAUUCCAGUAUUCAAAGAAGGAGAUCGCCUUUCUACCUCUAAUUACAGACCAAUCAGUAUCCUGCCUACAAUAUCAAAGGUUGCAGAGAAGUUGGUAGCUGAGCAAAUGAUCUGCCAUUUGAAAAAUAGUCCCUUUGCUCAAAUUUCUACUGGACAAAGGGGGUGUUGUUGGAGCUGUGUAUCUUGAUCUCAAGAAGGCAUUUGACACUGUAAAUCAUAGUAUUCUUUUGUCCAAAUUGCACAGUUACAACUUCUCCUCAGGUACACUUAAAUGGAUGGAAUCAUAUUUGCUUAAUAGGUCACAGUCUGUCCAAAUUCAAAAACAUCAAUCUGCUGCCCUCCGCUUGUCCACAGGUGUC